AUGUUCCCCUUUGACACCUUCGUUGCCGUGUGUCUGUGCCUCACCUUGCUGGGCAUCUUCCUGCCCCUGGCCGGGACUGUCUACGUGGCAUUCAGUGGGAGGGGGUCCGACGACGGGGUGCCACCCGCCGCUCCGGUCCCUGACGGGAGAUUUUUAGGAGCCGUGGAGCAUGCUCUGACAUGCUUUUCUUGGCAGAAGAAUGUGCCGGCCGUCUGGAUAAUAGAGACGCCAGGGAGCCCAUGCUCUGUGCUGAACGGCAUCCGGGUUCUGAGUCUCCUCUGGAUCAUGUCGGGGCACACCAGUCAGAUGACUGCAUGGCUGUCUUUGGAUAAUGUGCUCGAGUGGAAAACCAGAGUGCCUAAAAACCCACUGUACCUUUGUUCUCGGAGCGGCCCGUUCUAUCUUGGGGUUGACACAUUCUUCUUGGUCAGUGGCUGGUUAAGUGCAAGGUCGUUUUUAAAGAUACAUCAGAAUUCAGAUAAAGGAACAACCCUCAGUGUCAUACUCAGGUACAUCCUCAGCCGCCUUACAAGGUUGCAGCCUCUUCACCUGUACUCGGUGUGCCUGUUGGUUGGCUUGUUCUCCCUUGUUCCCUGGGGACCUGUCUGGGACAUACCCAAGUUCCACCUGGAUAACUGCCGGCAAGUGUGGUGGACAAAUCUGCUGUUGCUCAAUAAUUUCCUGUCGGUCCGAAACGCGUGUAAUGGCUGGACGUGGUACCUCGCCAACGACUUUCAGUUCCAUCUCACCACACCGGCGAUUUUCCUCAUCCACGGAAAAAGUAAACAUGUCCUCGUCGUCCUCGGGGCCACGCUGUUCUUGGCAUCUUUCACCGCCACAGCUCUGCUCACACUGGCUUAUAGCCUUCCGGUCGCAGCUCCGUCAGAAGCAAGUGAAAAUGUGACUGUGUUGUAUUUCUCGGAGUAUUACACUAAGCCCUACUGCAGAUACGGGCCAUUCCUCGUGGGCCUCUUUCUGAGCAUUUUCAUGCACCAAAACCACCAGGCAAACAUUCUUAAAACCAAGGUGCAGGCCAUGCUGGGGUGGAUUUGCUCCCUGUCUACUCUGUUCAUAGUGGUCGCCCUGGCGUACGUGGUGGAUGACAGCCCUGCCACCUCUUUGCCUGCCGCUGCUCUGUACCAGGCCCUCCACCGGACCCUGUGGGCGGCAGCUGUGGGCUGGAUCAUGCUGGCAUGUCGGGAAGGCUAUGGAGGUGUGGUGAACUGGCUGCUUUCUUGCCGGCUCUGGACUCUCCUGGCCAGCAUCAGUUACGCUUGCUACUUGGUGCACCCUAUCCUCAUCAUGCUCUACAACGGGCUUCAAGAAACGCUGAUUCACUACACUGACACCAACAUGUUCUAUCUUUUCUCUGGACACUGUUUGCUGACCUUCGUCAUUGGGCUGGCCCUGACGCUGUGCAUUGAGAAACCAUGUCAGGAACUGAAGCGGCACCUGCUGGGACCAAUGCCUGCAGGGCCAUGA